UGGUUUCCCAAAUAUCGCGCAACCAUUGUCGGAAUCAUUGCUGCAGGCUUCGGGUGUGGCGCGCUCAUAUUUACACCAAUACAGACGUUCAUCAUAAACCCAAAUAGCCUGACUGACUUAACUGACCCGUCAAUAAUGGCUAGAGUACCAGACGCAUUCCUUAUCCUUGGGGGCGUAAUGUUGGGCCUUCAAAUCAUCGGGUUUAUCAUCUGCCGGGAAAGAAAAGUUGUAGACACAGAAGAAGCAGUUGACCAGAGUGCAUCUGAAAAUGAUUCAAAAAUUAAUCAGGACGAAGAGUAUGCUAACGCCGCCAACUCCGUAAAACUGGUUCAAAAAAGUUAUACACUUAAGGAGGCUUUACAGACUAUCGACUUCUAUUUGUUAUGGUUCAUCUUCUUUUGCAACGUCUACGGAGGAGACGUUUGCCUGGGGGAUCGCUAUCUCUCAAUUAUCGCAACUUUAAGUUCCGCUUUUAACGCUUUGGGACGAGUGCUGUGGGGCCUAAUUGUGGACCACUUUUCUUUUAAGUGUCCCUAUGGUGUGCUCACCUUCAUAUGGGCUGUAUUAUUUGCAACAUUUCCUGCAAUCGGAAUAUCAAGCUCGAGUUCGAGCGCCAGCGCCGGCGCAAACGUAACCAGUCCAUGUGCGAACGUAACAGUUCCUAGUGCGCUGCCCUACAUCUAUCCAGUUUGGGUAUUUUCUCUCUUUUUUCUAUUGGCUGGCCAUUUUGUUAUUUCGCCUGGUGCCGCUGGACGUAUCUUCGGACCAGAGAACAUGGCAACCAUUUACGGUUUGAUAUUUUUUGCAACGGCUCCAAGCUCACUGGGACUCGCUGCAAUUAUCUCGCAAUUUCAGAUUGCUGGGAAAUGGAUUGAAGUCUAUGAGUCCGCCGCUGCCCUUUGCCUAAUCAGCUUCACCCUCUCGUUAUUCCUGAAAGACAAAAGCGGUACGUGUGCAAGGGCUUCAGACAUAUGCGCCAGAGCAUGCAACGUCUGCCGACCAAUCGCCGACGAGGACGAGGAAAAGGCUGACGGGAAGUAUGAUGCUGACUAUUUCACGGACGUUCCGGAAAUUUGA